CGUGGACGCGUGGAGAGCCGCUCUAUAAACCAGGACUACACCAGGACUACACCCGGACUAACUCAGGACACGGGCUGCGCUCUGGAGCCGAGGACGAGCGCUCAUUCCCGGGUUCGACUGUGUCACGAUGCGCUGAGACUUUCCCGGAGUUUUCCCCCAUGGUUUUAAAGGACGUGGACUUGCUUAGGACCAGACAUGUGGAAUUAUUUUGGGAUUUAUUUUAAAGUUGUGGGAUUUUUUCUGCUCUUUUCGCUGUGCGCGCAGGUGUCGGAGUGCACCGGUUACUUCGAGCUGCAGGUGCUGUCGGUGCAGAACCCAGAGGGCGUGCUCCAGAGCGGGGACUGUUGCGACGCGCACGGACCUUCCUCUGGGGGGCAGUGCGGAGCAGACCAGUGCGACACCUACGUCCGCGUGUGUUUAAAGGAGUACCAGAUCGAGGUAACGCCCAAGGGACCCUGCACCUACGGCUCCGACAGCACGCAAGUACUCGGCGGCAACAGCUUCGCUCUCAGGGGAGGGGCCAGAGGCGGGGACGGCGGCAGAGUCGUUAUCCCCUUUCAGUUCUCCUGGCCGAGAGCCUUCACCGUGAUCGUCGAGGCCUGGGACCGAGACAACGAAACGCACGGCAACACAGAUGAGGAGCUGCUGAUUGGCCGGAGCAUCCACAGAGCCAUGCUGAACCCCGGAGAACUGAGUCCGCCCGUGGAGCACCGGUCUCUGGGCUUCUCUCUGGAGUACAGCCUGAGGGUCCGCUGUGACCCCAACUACUACGGCCCCAAGUGCAACGUGGUCUGUCGGCCCCGGGACGACUACUUCGGUCACUACGUCUGCGACCACAACGGAAAACCAGAAUGUAGGGAGGGGUGGAGCGGAGAGUCCUGCCAGAACGCCACCUGUAAACCGGGCUGCUCUCCUUACCACGGGACCUGCAGUUCACCAGGAGAGUGCAAGUGUAAUUACGGCUGGCAGGGUCCUCUGUGUGAUCAGUGCAUCCCAUACCCGGGCUGUGUUCACGGAUCCUGCGUUGAGCCCUGGAAAUGUGACUGUGACAAGAACUGGGGAGGCCUGCUGUGUAACAAGGAUCUGAACUACUGCGGGACUAACCGCCCGUGUAAAAAUGGUGGCACUUGUAUGAACACAGAGCCAGACGAGUACCACUGCGCCUGUCCGGACGGGUACUCGGGGAAGAACUGUGAGAUUGCGGAGCACGCCUGUGUGUCUAACCCCUGUGCUAACGGAGGCACGUGCCAUGAGGUGCCCAGUGGGUUUGAGUGCCACUGUGCCCCGGGCUGGUCCGGACCCACCUGUGCCAAAGACACAGACGAGUGCGAGUCUGCCCCCUGUGGUAAUGGAGGCACCUGCAUCGACCUCCUGAACGGCUUCGAGUGUCUGUGCUCGGAGCAGUGGAGCGGCAAGACCUGCCAGAUCGAUGUGAACAGUUGCCAUGGACAGUGUCAGAACGGAGCCACGUGCACGGAGGGCUCCAGAGGGUACCAGUGCCUGUGCAGACCGGGCUUCAUGGGCAGACACUGUGAGCUGCAGAGAGACCAGUGUGAGAGCGCCCCCUGUAGUAACGGAGGGCAGUGCGUGGCUGUAGCAGACGGAUUCAGGUGUGAGUGUGGACCCGGCUUCUCCGGAAAACUCUGUGAGAUCCAGGCCGACCCGUGCAGUCCCAACCCGUGCCAGAACCAGGGCCAGUGCUCCAGUGAGGGCGGAGUCUACUACUGCAGCUGUCCAGAGGAGUACGAGGGGAAAACCUGCUCAGAACGCAAGGAUCACUGCAAGACCAACCACUGCAAAGUUCUGGACAGUUGCACCGUCGUCGUCUCCUCUAACCACACUGGGCAAAGCGGUGGAGGAGGUGGAGGAGGUGGAGAUGUUUGGCACCUGUCCUCCUCUGUGUGUGGACCUCAUGGACGCUGCCUCUCUCUGCCUCAGGGAAACUUCAGCUGCUCUUGUGACCCGGGCUUCAGCGGCGCCUACUGCCAUGAGAACAUAAACGACUGUGCGUCCCUGCCGUGUCUAAACGGGGGCACUUGUAUCGACGGGAUCACUUCGUUCCACUGCCUGUGUCCCGACGGGUGGGAGGGACAUCUCUGCAACAUCGAUGUGGACGAGUGCAGCAGCGCCCCCUGUCUGAACGCCGGGCACUGCGUCGACCUGUUCAAUGACUUUUACUGCGACUGUGUAGAGGGCUGGAAGGGCAAAACCUGCAGCUCACGGGAGAGCCAGUGUGACCCUUUGACCUGCAGUAAUGGCGGCACGUGCGUGGACCAUGGAGACUCGUUCCUCUGCAGCUGUGCUCCGGGCUGGGGCGGAGCCACGUGUAACACAGCAAAGAACAGUUCAUGUGACGCCGCCCCCUGUCUGAACGGAGGGACAUGUGUGGGAGGAGCCGACGGCUUCAAGUGCAUCUGUAAAGAGGGAUGGGAGGGGCCGACCUGCACACGGGAUGUUGAUGACUGCAACCCACAUCCAUGUUAUAACAGAGGUCAGUGUGUGGAUGGAGUCAACUGGUUUCGUUGUGAGUGCGCUCCAGGGUUUGCUGGACCCGACUGUCGCAUCAACAUAGAUGAGUGCCAGUCUUCUCCCUGCGCCGCGGGCUCCACCUGCGUCGAUCAGAUCAACGGCUUCAAAUGUGUGUGUGCCCCGGGAUACACAGGGCCACGCUGCCAAGAGUUCAUCGGGUUUGGUCUGCCGUGCCUGGUCGUCGGUCGGCAGGUGUCCUCUGGCAGUGGACAGAUGCCCCCUGGCGGUCGGCAGGUCCCUCACGGCGAGCGGUGGACCGAGGAGUGUAACAGCUGUCAGUGCGCAGACGGACACGUGCGCUGCUCCAAGGUGUACUGUGGUCCCCGCCCCUGCCUCCUCCCUCCCUCCACCUCCUCCUCUCCUGGGUCAGACCGCACCCACCUCUGCCCGGCCGGAACGCAGUGCACGCGUCACCCCUCCCUCUCCUGUUUCUCCGAGUCGUGUGACCUCUGGGGGGUUUGCUCCUCCCCCUAUCGCACCUCCCCCCCGCAGACGCAGUGUCAGCCCAACUCCGAGCUCGUGGAUCCCGACUGUGCCCGGAUUUCUCUCAUCUUCGACCGGAGCAAAGUGCCGCAGGGCACGUCGGUGGAUCAGAUCUGCUCCGAGCUCCGGUUUCUCCCCGUGGCUCAGACCCUGGCUCAGAACAGGACUCUGCUCGUCCUGUGCGAACGCUCCACCACCAACGCGGAUGCCGUGGAAGUCGCCAUGUCUUUUGAGUCGGACGGCUGGUCCUCAGACUUGGAGCGCGCUCAGAUCCACUCAGCCUGCACCUCCAUCAUCGCCUCAAUCCCCCGACAACACAACAGUGCCAUCCUGCUGUCGGUGACGGAAGUGAAAAUGGACUGCGCCGCACAGGGCCCACACAUUGAUUUCUUGAUGCCGUUGCUGAUCUCGGUCUUCUGCCUCCUGUGGCUCUUCUGCAUCGUGGUUUGCGUCUGGUGGACACGGAAACGAAAGAAGGAACGCGAGAGAGCGACCUUCCGCCCGGACGAGCUCACCGUCAACAACCAACUCCGAAGCCCCUCCCCCAAAGACAACCGCGACAAGGACAACCAAUACGAGUGCAGGAAGCUGAUGGCCACGCCCCCGGAGAGGACAUGUGACGGGGCGGAGGCGGAGGAGGAGGGGCUGACAGACGCGGGCGGGACGGGGGAAGGGGCGGAGGUGGAGGCGGCGGUGAGGGGCGGCCAUAUCGGAGUGGUGCGCACGAGUCAAAGCGUACCGAUCCGCUCGCCGCAUCGGACAAAAUAUAGUCCCAAAGACAAUCGCUGUAAAAACUUGAACGCGGCGAGGCUCAGCGAGGACAUCAAGGACCACUACGUAUAAAAUAAAGAGUUAUUUUAUACAUAGAAAUACAUUUUAAUGACUUUAUCAAACUCAAACGGAAAAUUACGCAACGUUUUGGAUCGGAAUUUAAGUUAAACACUUCCUGGAGUUCAAAUUUCCAAUGACAUUUUUGUUGAACUGAAAUGGAAAAAUUGUGGAAAACUUUGGAUAAAUUUUAAGUUAAAAAAAUUCCUGGACUCAUCGCCUACCUGGAUUUGAAUUUCCAAAUGAUGUUUUUGUUGAAAUGAAAUGGAAAAUGAUGCAAGACUUUGGAAUUUUUGGUUAAAAAAUUCCUGCAGACAUCACAUUUCUGGAUUUCAGUUUUCAAACCACAACUUGUUUGAACUCAAAUGGAAGAUUACGCAAAGAUUUGGAUCAAAAUUUAAGUUUAAAAAAAAAAAAUUCCCGGACUGAUUACUCACCUUCCCGGAUUUCACUUUCCAAAUGACGUUGAACUGUAAUGGAAAAUUAUACGAAACUUUCAUUUUUAAAUUUUACAGUUUUAACUUCCUGGAGUUUUCAGUUUUCUGGAUUUACAGCUGUGGAUCACUUUGGAUAAAUCACAUCUUUUGGAAAUCGUUUUUUAAAAUCAAAAUGGAGCUUGGUUGAUCUGCUGUUUACAAACUGUUUCGCUGGUUUCGGAGUUUCGCUGGCAGCUGUUUUCCCGGGUCUUUUCUACUCCACAAAUCUUUAUUUAAAUGAGAAGAAAAAAAGUUUAUUUGCAGAUUUUAUAAACAGAAUCUAUUGUAAAAAAAAUUAUGUUUACAUUCAAAAUUCUUCUAAUGGUUCUAUAUUUUUAGCUUUUGAUUUUGGACGUCUUAGCCCUGGUAUUUAAACUUUUGACAGUUUAACGAACGGAAAUAUAAAUAACGGUAAUUCUGACCUUUCUGAAGGAACUUACUGGAACUUCCUGGAUUCCACCUUAUGAUGUCACGAGGUGGAAGAGAGCAUUUUGAGUUCUAGAGAUCUUUGAGCUUGAUCUAGGAGAAACGAUGUUGAUCACAGAGGAGUUUGGAGAAGCAGACCGGAGCACCGUUUAUGUUUGUUUAAAUGUAUUUUCCUUGGAUCGUGGGCCAUAGGGAAUGUGACUAUUAUUAUUUUUAGUGAUUUGAUCAAAUAGUUUAAUCCGAUUACGCCACUUUUAAAUCUGAGAACGUUGUGGCUGUUUUAAGGCAAGAUCCGCCAAGUCGUCAGCUUUAUUUUUUAACAAUUAUUCUAUAUGUUUGUAGCUGUGCCAGGCCGUGCUUUCUUUAUGGCGACACGUCCGGUUAAGCGGGAAUCUCGUUUGGGAAUUUGGGAGUUUCAAUGUUCAUCUGACGCACAAGUCGACACCGCGCUGAUUCUCUGAGGCUUUAAAAACAGCUCUGUGAUUCCUGUAGAGCUUAUUUACCGCAGCCCGUUGCAAAAUAAUACAACUCAAAUGACGACGGCGGCCUUAGAAUUCUCACGGACCAUGGGAUAAGUUGAGUUUUUAUGUUGGAAGUUUGCGCCGAAGCUCCACCUCUUCACAAUAAUCGCAUUAAGAGUCCAGUCGUCCGAAGUAAACCUGCUUUUUACAGAUUUCCGAUAAGCCCAAAA